AUGGAUAGAAGCAAUAACUCGUUAGGGUUUAAUGUGAUAGUCGUAGCAAAUCUUAGAAGAAGUUUUUGUUGGUUAGUGGGAUAUUCGUCAGGUAGAAAGUUUUGUCAUUUAGAAAAAGAUUUAACACAUAUGGAUAUGGAAACUGAAGCCUUAUUGGUAGCGUUGACAUUAACUGCAGAAGCGGAUAUUCCUAUUUUAUGUGAUUCCAAAAUACCUUCUAUGAAAUACAAAUUAUCUGAAGACGAAAUCCACUGUGUUAGGAAUUUUUUGAAUGAAGCAUUAACUGUUUAUUUUCAAGAUUAUUCAACGCUAUUUUUUGAAACCAUUGCUGAAUUAUUAGAUGGUUUAUCAGUUAAGAAAUUUGUUACAUUCUUGAGAACUAUAGAUAAAUAA